GGCACCACCCCCUAGUGCCCCCAUCCCCUCUCCACACUUUCAACAAAAGGCGAGAAAGAAGUCUGACCAGUUCACAKCAGAGAUGGAUCCUGAACAGACCAGAGCUGUGCCUGAAGACUGUGAGGAGGGGGAUUUCUCUGGUCUGGGGGUUCCUGAGGAGCAGGGGGGAAACAUCCCAAAGAGGCAUGCCCGGGUCACCGUCAAGUAUAACCGCAAGGAGCUGCAGAAGAGGCUGGAUGUGGAGAAAUGGAUUGAGGAGAGUCUAGAGGGUCUGUACAGGGGUCAGGAGAGCGACAUGCCAGAGGAGGUGAAUAUUGACAGUUUGAUUGACCUGCCAAGUGAUGAGCAGCGAGUCCAAAYGUUGAAGGGGCUCCUCCAUAAGUGCAAUAACAGUACAGAGAUCUUCAUCACAGAGCUGAUCUCUAAGCUGGUGGGAGUUCACAAGCAGGAGGAGCUGCAGAGCGAAGGCAUCGAACAUCCCAUCAUCUGCCACAGCCACUCCCGCCAUGAACCCUACCACUUCAAUCACAGCCGGGGCCAGAACCAGAGCCUCAAUCACAGCCGGGGCCAGAACCAGACCCUCUGAUAGCCCCCUUGAUGUUGGACCUGUGUGAGCCAGAAAUGAGUGAAGGACUGAGCUGACAGCUAAACAACUGAUUGUGUUCUGUUGCUUUAACAAAAGGCAGGAGCUGCAGCCAGUGUUCAGAUCAGUCCAGACGGGGGCGGGGUUAAAGGACUUCACAGAACCUGUUUUAGACCUAAUCUGGACUAGCACACACUUAAUGUAAAAGCACUUUGUCAGAGUUUUUMAUGAGGUGCAAGGUGGUUGACUUGUGUUCAAAAGACUUUCACGUUGUCAGCACAGUCCAGUGUGUGGUAUUUUACUAACACAACUGAACGUAUGUAUUUUUUGUUCAUAAUAUUCCUAAAAUUUAAAUAUACACAA